ACGCAGGAGCUGCAGCGCGGUUCUCCAGUGGAGAGCAGAGGUGACGCUCAGAGCGCAGUGAUCCGGCAGAGGAGACCAACCAGACUUCACGAGAGAGAAAGGAGCAGAGGAUGUCCAGAGCUGACUGGUCCUUCCUGGAGCACCUGCUGGAGGAGGGUCAGGAGUAUUCGACAGCCGUCGGUCGUGUGUGGCUCACAGUUCUCUUCCUGUUUCGCAUGCUGGUACUGGGAACUGCCGCCGAAUCUGCCUGGGAUGACGAACAAGACGAUUUCACCUGCGACACUCGCCAACCCGGAUGCACCGCAGUCUGCUACGACAGAGCCUUCCCCAUAUCCCACUUCCGCUACUUCGUCCUCCAGGUCAUCUUCGUCUCCACGCCAACCAUCUUCUACUUUGCGUAUGUGGCUGUAAGGGCUGGGAAAGACAGGAGAACAGAGGAAGCUAAGGAUGGGAAGCAGGCAGAAGAAGGCAAUGGUCGAAGUAAGAAAGGGGACAUUGUAAAAGAAAGACUUGAUACCAAAGUGAUUGAGGAAAAAGCUGAGGAAAAGGAGAAAGAAAAGAAAGGUAGAAAAACUGACAAGCCUCCCCCUGAGGCGCCCAAACUGAAAGGCAGGCUGCUGUGUGCAUAUGCAUUUAGCAUCCUGUUAAAAGUCCUCCUCGAAGUCGGCUUCAUCGUUGGGCUCUGGUUCCUUUACAACGGCUUCUUCAUUGAAGCAAAGUUUGAGUGCCGAGGGUUCCCUUGUCCUCACAUAGUGGACUGCUAUGUCUCUCGACCCACAGAGAAGACCAUCUUCACCAUCUACACUCAGGUGAUCGCCGCCGUCUCCCUGCUCCUCAACGUCAUCGAGCUCUUCCAUCUGCUCCAGCUGGCCGUCUCACACCGGCUGGAAAAACGCUACCGUGCCGAGCGCCUGGACUACCUGCCUCGGGCUGAGCAGGAACCAGCCCGACGACAGACCCCCGAGCUCCAAGCAGAGGUGUCGGAGCCUUACAAAGCAGGGAGCCAUGUCCAACUCCCGUCGCAGGGCGAGGCCGUGGGCUAUUCUAACCCCUGUGAGAGCUACGGGGAUGCGGCCAUAGAGGUGAACUGGGGACCUGGAGAGUCUGGGACCGACCUGCUUCCCAGUUAUGUGAACUGCAUGGGAGCUAUGAGAACUACACAUUCCCCCAGAAUUCAUUAUAAGAAGCACGCACAUCACACUGGGAAAAAUCCUAAGAGUGUCCAUAAGGGGCACUCAAAACAAAAACAUUAUGUAUGACGCAGUAAGACGGGGUAAUGCUGCGUGUAUGCGCAUGAAAGCUUCGUUCUUGGAAAUGCCAUCCUGCACACGACACUUGACUAUCAGGAGGGCCCGGUGAGAGCCCAAAUGCGGGAGGAAUGAAAAAGAACAACUAUUACGCUGUGAACUCAAUGCCUCAGAGGCAGACAGACAUUCAAACAGAGAUUUACCAGAUAAAUGGACCUAUUCAAAAUGAAACAUUUUGAGAACACUCCCCAAGGCAAGGAAAAUGAGACUCCUCAAUGAGACAAGAUUAAAGUCAUAAGAUGCCUUCGUGUUACAUUUAAUGGAUUUUAGUGCAAAAUGUGACAGUGUUGAGAAAAAAAAAAAAACUCUGCAGAGGGGGCUACUGUGUGAGUGUUUAUGGGAGGGAAUACAGCAGAGCCAGAUUUAAGCAUGUUCCCCUGAGAUUUGCACUGUAAACCCUGGAGCUGUUUGAAGACCCCUCCUCUUUUCCCAGUGGCUUCGUCCACAACUGUGGAAUGCACUGGUCUCUGGAUCCUGCUCAGCUCCCGGGAGGAUAAUGGCUGCGUGGAUGCAGGCACGCAUGCAUGCACACACACAAUAUACUUUUCCCCUUUCACCCAGUGAGUUUUGGUCACUCGAGUUUGGGACAUGGACUGGGAAAGGCCGAGGUAAAGAGAAGGGGAGCCAAACCAUGGGAAAUGUGGAAACUGAACAUGACGGAUCGUUGCCAGCAACCAUAAUGUUUCAGCUAUGAAAGAAGAGGGAGAGAAAGUAGCACUGCGAACAGCGCUCUCUGAAUAAUGCAAAGACAAACAUCCAGUUUGAAAAAUCAAACCUUUUAGCGAGCUGGAGAUAGAGCUCGAACGAUGCAUUAGUGAUUGCACAUUGAACGGGCUGAAAGCAGUACAGAAAUGUACAAAUUCAACAACGGGAGAUGACUAAUUAUGUGAAACCUGUAUUUAAUGUUUAAGGUAUUGCGAGAAAAAAAAUAUUUAUUUUUUUGUUGUUGAAAAAUAAAAUUUUUGAUGAUGUCAUUUCA